UCGUUGAAAAAUCUUUGUUAUGAUAGCAUUUCGAGUUUGCGAUAAAGUGCAGUGUUAACAUAAUUAUAAAUUUCUAAAUAAUAACAAACUAUGAAGAGUUUAGUAAUUUUUUUACUUCUAAGCAUUUGUGUAAUUUGUGUUUAUGGUUCUAUAGCAAAAAAUAAUUUUGCUGAAAAUUCUACAGACUUUGAGAGCAGUAGUGUCCAAGAGGUAGAAAGUCGACGACGUAAAACAGGAUACUAUUUCAUACAUCCCUAUCAUGGCUGGCAUGCUUUGUCUUGGAUUUAUUGGAUAAAAGUGAAGCUAAUUGUUGUGGCAUUCUUUGUGGGUACCGCUUUUAUAUGGGCCAUACAAUAUUUGGGUAAAUUUUAUCGAGAUUGUCCCAGUGGGGGUCACAUACAUUAUGGACAUUACAGAGCCUUGGAAAAUGAUGAUCCUGCCAUACUUAAGUUUUUACAAAAUCUUAACUAAUUUCUAGGUAUAAUCCUUAAACAAAUGAAGUUGAAUA